CUGAAAUGUUGGUCAGGCCUAGCCCUAAGCAUCCUAGUGGCAGUUAUUCGAGAGCAGGUAGAAGAAUCAAAACUUUCUCAGUGAAGUAUAAACCCCAAGGUUCUAAAAGCAAGCCAGUCUCUGAAAAUGUUUCCGAUGAUAGUUACGAAGAUGAAUAUUCAGACCUCCAAAAGGAUAAAUUGCAGUUUGAUGACAUGGGUCUCUUACUUGAGGAUGAACAGAAUGUGAAAGCUGAGCUAUCGGAUCAAGCGAGCAAAGCUAAAGAGACUAGGAAAGAAAGAAAACAAAGACUGAGAAGAGAAGAGCUUAAAAAUUGCACCCCAGCUUUUAAAUCUAUUGGCCGUGAUGGAAAAAUAAAGCAUCCUCAGACUCCAGAUAUUGGCAAAUAUUCUCCAAAUUAUGAUGCUUCCAAGCCAGUUAGAAUGACUAACUUCGGUAAAAGAUCUGCAAGAGAUACUUUAAGUUACUUCUAUAAGAGCGAUCAUCAGAGAGAUAGUCGAGUUUGAGAUCGUCUCAUGAGAAGUUUGCAAAAUAGGAAAGCAAGAGUGGAAAUCAUUAAUAAAAUUUUCAGAAAAAGAAACUCAACCUCGAAUCACAACGAAGGUAGAGUGUAUAGAUUUACGGAGAAGUUUAUUAAAAAUAAAUUAAAAGAUGUCCAUAGUAAAGACAAGAAUGAAGGUGAUAAUAAAACUAUUGAUGAAUAUCGAAACAGAUCCGGAAGUCAAACAUUCCUCGAUUUGCGUACAGGAGCUGAUCAUGCUUCAGGGAAUUUAAAAAUACAUCAAAUGAGAAGACAAACCACUCAGAGUUUUGAUUUAUUAACUCCAAUGAAGGUGAGAGCAAAGGUUAAGACAGGAGAUUCAACAACAAAAGUAAUGAUAGAUCCAAAGCUACUUGGCCAGAACAAGAGAAUUAUCAAACCAACUUUCUCAUCCACAAGCUUCUGUGAAAAAGAGAGUCGUCAGAUAUCUGAGAGGGAUAAGGUGAAAAAGUCUCAGCCAAAAUUGAAGAUUAAGAAAAAGAGGCAAAUCUCUAACGAAAAGAAGUUCAAAACUCCGAAUAAGUUUGCUAUCACUAAAGCAGCUAGGUUUUAUUCCCCAGCUCCUAGAGUCCAUAUUCAAAGUGUAAAGAUGGCAAAGCAGAUGGCGAGAGAUACUAACUCUUUUCUUGAGAUUCCAACAUACUGAGCCAAUGAUUAUAGCAUCAACCUUGAUACAGUGAUGGGAAAGCUGAAUAGAGGGAUGAUUAACUUUAAAAAGCAGACAAAAAGAGGGGAGUUUAAUUCUUUCUACAAAAAGUUUUCAGCCCCAGAACAAUACAAUUUAGAGUCGAUUUCCAGUGCAUAUGACAAACUAGGGUACAUCGGAAGCAAUGUUCCUAAGGCUAAGCUUACUUUUGAAUAA